UGCUCGAUGGGGCAGUUGGUGUGCACUUCUCCAGCCAUUCAUUUUACCCACGUGCCCCAUCACUAACGCGUCUCGUGCUCAUAAAAUCCACCGAUAAUCAUCAACAAUUACUGAUAAUCAUCAAUAUCUAUUAACUACAUAAUUACUUUAACGUCGUUUUAAUAAUUUAUCAAUAAUAAAAAUAAAAUAAAACAAAAUAAUCAUCAAAAAUAGCCAAUCUUAUUUAAGUUAUUCAAUCAAUAUUCUCGAACCACCAGAGAGGAAAAUUUUUUGUAUUAAUUAUAAUCAAUAAUUAUCGAUAAUUAUCGAUAAUUAUCAAUAAUCGUUAAUAUCGAAUAAACGAGGAUAUUUAUUGGUUUAAUGGGAGUCUAGUAAUCUGUCAAUCAAUAUUUCUAAACCAACGGAGGCGAAAAAUUUUGCAUGCCACUCAUGUGUGUAAUAAUCCGUAAUCAAUGGUAAUGAGUGAUAAUGAGUGAAAUAAAUUAAUUCUGUUUGUCUAUAUUUAUCUUGGGUGAUAUUACUAUCGUCGGGGCUGGACUCAAUCCAGUGGGAGCAUAUCGGAAAGGUAUAUAUGUGGUUAUUGAUGGCUCUUCAAUCAUCAUCUUCCUUGGUUGACCCGUAACGAGACACGUUGACGUACUGAUUACACUCGUUUCAUCAACAUCUUAUUGUUACACCGACUGAUACAAUUGUACAAUCGGCAGUUAUUGGUAUGUCAUAUUGACAUCGGCGAGGACACUGAGAUAAAUAUUUUUCGUCUGCUGUACAGAACGGGAGAAGAUCGUUAUGCUGUUAUCAGGGGCUUGGUUUGAAUUGAUAUGCGUGUCAAUUUGUGCUAUUGUUGCAUUGGCUACUAGUUACAGGCCACCCUGGUGGUUUUGGUCUGGGACAUCUCAUCAGUCUGAGACGAAAAAAGAAGAUAAAAUGAAAAACAAAGUGUUGAGCGUUCAAGAUGUGCCCGGUCCCCUCUCAUUACCAAUUCUCGGUACAAGAUGGAUAUUCUCAUUAUUCGGGAGUUAUCGAUUGGAUAAGGUUCAUGAUGCAUACAAAGACAUGAAUCUACACUACGGUCCACUGUGCAAGGAAGAGGCCCUGUGGAAUUAUCCGGUGAUUUCUCUUUUCUCUCGUGAAGACAUCGAGACAGUGAUAAAACGGGGAUCGCGAUUUCCAUUGAGACCACCCCAGGAAAUCAUAUCCAGGUAUCGGAAAUCCCGGCGAGAUCGUUACACUAAUCUUGGACUUGUUAAUGAACAAGGUGAAACCUGGCACAGACUCCGUUCAGCCCUGACUCCAGAGCUGAUGGGUGCCAACACAGUAUCCGGAUUUUUUCCCGCUCUCAAUAAAGUCGCAGACGAAUUUAUAAAUCUCAUCCGGAAUACGCGAGCCGACGACAAAGUCGCGGGUUUCGAGGAGUUGGCGUACAGGGUGGGAUUGGAGAGCACUUGCACCUUGAUUUUAGGACGUCAUCUGGGUUUUCUAAAAUCUACAUCAAAUAACACAACAGCGAGAUUGGCUGAAGCUGUGAGAGUCCACUUUAAAGCAUCGAGAGAUGCAUUUUAUGGAUUGCCCCUGUGGAAGGUUGUGCCCACCACAGCUUACAAGGAACUUAUUCAGAGUGAGGAUGAGAUUUAUAACAUCGUCUCUGAGAUGUUGGAUUCGACGAUAUGUCAGCAGAUGAAUGAUGCGAGGGAUGAGGCUGUCGAGGCCGUUUUCAAAUCAAUUUUGAGAGAAAAAAAUUUGGAUAUAAAAGACAAGAAGGCGGCCAUUAUAGAUUUUAUUGCUGCUGGAAUCCACACGGUGGGGAACACUCUGGUAUUCCUGUUCCAUUUGAUCGGAAGUAAUCCAAGAGUCCAGAAGAUUCUUCACGAAGAAGUGGCAACACUAGCUCCACAAAACUGUGAUAUCGAAGUCCAGGAUCUUCGAAAUGCCAAAUAUCUGAGAGCAUGUGUGCAGGAGGGUUUCCGAGUGAUUCCAACUACUCCCUGCAUCGCUCGUAUUCUCGACGAAUCUAUUGAAGUCUCCGGAUAUCACCUGAACGCUGGAACUGUUGUACUUUUACACACGUGGAUAGCAGGAUUGAAGGAGGGUAAUUUCAAAAAUGCCAGUGAAUUCAUGCCUGAACGAUGGCUGGAUCAUAGUGAACCCCAUUCACCAAUACUUGUAGCCCCUUUUGGUGCUGGUCGCAGAAUAUGUCCAGGAAAACGAUUUGUCGAGCAGGCUCUAUACCUCAUCCUUGCCAAAGUCAUUCGAGAAUUUGAAAUCACCUGUGAAGAUGAGCUAUCCCUACAAUUUGAAUUUAUACUAGCCCCCAAGGGGCCAGUCUCUAUCACAUUUCGCGAUCGUCAAGAGUUUAUUUAAGAAAAAUCAUCAAUUAUUCGUCCACUGUAUUUUUGUUAUUAUUUUUCAGUAAUUUAUAUCUAUUGUCUUCUGUCCCAUUUCGUUUUAAGUAUUUGUAGCACAUCUAUGAUUUUAUUUAGAUUUUAUUUCGGCACUCAUAGGUUCAACUGAACAUAUUUAUUGAUAUAUUUUUUUACAAGUGUUGUAGUCAGUUUAAUAGUUAUCGGUCAUUGUAAUCAUACGUCAGGAUUGUCUAAUCAUUGAAUCUUAUCAUGUAGAUAGAUAGAUAUGGAUUUUUUAAAUAAAUUGAGAUUAUUUUUUUGAAGGCUCGGGUGCACACUGUCAUUAUUGAUGCAUCCGCUUAUUUUUAGAUCAUUUUCUCGAUUUUCCCGUCACCUGGGAAAAUUAUUGGGAAAAUUAUCGGCGAGUGGAAUUCUCGCUGUUGUAUUAAGGACCGGUUGGAUUAUCUGGAAAAGAUAAUUUACUCCAAAAUUGGGAUUCCUAAUUACUCUGGCAAUUAA